GGCGGUGACGAGGAAGAACGUCUGAAAAAAUAAUGGCCGCGCCAAGAGGGAUGAGCAAGUUGCAAGCAUGGAUCUAGCGGAGGUGGUGGAAGACCUGAUCUGCACGUUCGACGGACCAGCUGACCACACCAUGGACACCCUGGCCAUGUUCGUAUUUGCGUGGAUCCUGCUCGCGCUUGCCCUUCUCUGUCUAGGCAGGUUCGUGUAUGAUAGGGUGCAGGCAUCACGCUCAUCGUCCGCCUCUAAGGCCAAGUUGAUUGAGACUCCGGCCAAAACAACAGACGCAGUAUCCGCCAUCUCCUCCGCAGCGCUAGCCGCCGGUGCUCCCGGCGUUCGCAAAAUCGCUGCUACAGGCGCGCCGCCCGUAUCAAGUUCCUCAUCUAAGGGCGGGUACGUACCCCCGACGCCGCCCACGCGCAAGCGACUCGUUCGUCAAAGUCCGGCUCCCGAAGCAGGACGGAAGUCCAAGUACACUCCUGCCCCGAGAUGUACCGGCCCUGAUCCCGAGGUGGUGCAAUGGGUUAACGAGGUGGUCCAAUGGUUGUACAAUGAUUUUGUCAUUGCCAAUGAGUUGCUGUCCAUUUGGAUUGCAUCGUUGAAUGAGUAUACGAAGAAAUCUGUUACGGAGCAAGGCAUUGGUGUAGAAUUAGUUCGGAUUUUACCAGAAACUCAUCCACCUAAUUUGACUAAUAUUUUUGCUGAGGCGGAUUCUAAGGAUGAUGUGACGAUAACAAUGGAUUGCGACUCGACGCCCGCGUUCCAGCUGAAAAGCUUCCGACAGAAGGCUGACAAGGUGGAUACGGCGCAUUACCGCGUUGACGUGAACCGUUUCAGGGCUCGGCUGCACUUCUACGUUAUACCCGAAAAAAUGCUAUUCGAGGUGCGCUGUGAUGGUUGGCCGGAGAUCAAGAUAGCCCUUGCGCCUGUAGGUACUAUCCGUAAUAAUUUGGAUGAGGCCCAGCUCCAGGAAGUCAUCAUUGAAAUCCUGAUGAACGCUCUACGUGCUACUGAGGUGACGUUGCAUCUUGGCCAAUAUCCGUCCUGUCCAAGAUUUCAGAGGCAAGUACUUACACCAGAACAGAUACUUCCUGUCCAUUAUGAUAGCAUGUCGAGAGCCUAUACAUCUACCCCUAAUCAUACGUUAUCACAUUCGGAACAUAUUCCUGGUGAAAAAAGACUGCUGGUAAAAGUGAUCCGUGCUAACCAGCUUGGCCUGAGUGAAGGCUGUCAAGAACCAUACUGCGUGGUUGAAAUGGACGAACCACCGCAGAAGCAUCAAACGGCUGUACAGAAACAUACGAAUUCACCAUAUUGGGAUGAACACUUUCUAUUCGAUGUCUCACCUAAUACAGCAGAGUUGUUGUUUGAAAUUUACGACCAUGCUGUAAAACCUUAUAAAUUCCUUGGACUGGGCAUUGUCGGUGUAGAUGAACUGCUGGUAAAUCCAUCUCAAAGACAGACAAUAACUCUCCAAAGUCGACCUUAUGAAAGUGACGCAGUUAGUGGAACGCUUACCGUAGAGUUCCUUUUUAUCGAAGGUGCAGACAUUCCUAAUAUAGGAAGCACACAACCAUACAAAAUUAAAGAGUCUAUAAGGACGCCAUCACCAAGUAGGGUUAAAUUAACUACCUCAACAAAUUCCUACCAUACCGAUGGGCUUUCAAAUGGAAACCACAUGCAAGAACUAACGUCGAAAGAUCUAGACAGGAGUAGGCCAUUUUCGAAUAUGAAUAAGAAUUCAUUGGUUAUACAUAGUGUACAGAGGCAACCUUCCCAGCGAAUCGUGAAGGUUGAGUUGAGCAACGGCAAUUGGAAAGAAAUUGAAAGAGUUGAAUUGAAUCUGGAUCAAAAGGACGGUGAAGAAGUAGCGACGAAUGACGAGACAUCAGAAGUAGACAUUAUAAAUGGUGAAGCAAAAAACUUGAAAGGUACUUCGAAGACAAAUGAAGACAUGCCUCCCAAAGAUAAUUCAAAGCCUGGAGAUUUUAUGACGGAUAGUGCUACAAUACUACAGCAGCAUCAGCAAACAACAGAUAUAGAAGUCAGAGGUCGACCUAGAAAACGACGAGAUUUCUUCGGAACGAUCAAAAGAAGAUUGGGCAAAUCGAAAAAUAGAUCCAAAUCAGCUGGCCCUGAAAAUGAUGUGGGCAGGGAUGAUUCUAUGAAUAGAUCUGUUUCAGCUGAUAGGAGUCGAAAUGAUGAAAGUUAUCGACUGAAUGUGCCAGGUCAGCGUUCGAUUGACGAAACUUCACGAAGAUCGAGCCUUUCGGAAGCGUCGGGCAUGAGCAGUGCUUCCACAAGAACUUACAUCAAUGAAGCUAGUACAUUGGUAUUGGAAACCAUUGAAAAUGGAGUGAAGAGGCAUUACCUUGUACCGUUGUCUAUAGCGCAAAAAUCGAAGUGGAGGAAAAAAGGAACUAAGCUACAUAUAUACAAUGAUCAUACGUUUGUUGCCAAACAUUUACAAGGUGGCACAGCAUGUCAGGUAUGCCAGAAGAGCAUAGCGCGUAGGUUUGGAAAGCAAGGUUAUGAAUGCAGAGAUUGUCAAAUAAAAUGUCAUAAACACUGCCACGUGAAAGUGAACGACAGUUGCCCCACAUCGACAAUACAUAGUGUAGAAUUGUAAGUAAAAACUCAGGAAUCAGAUAUUAUAAUACAUGCACCUACAGAAAUCCGGGCUUAUAACUGAUGCAUUAUAGCCGUUUGCUGAUCUUGUAAGGGUUUGUGAGAAAAACAAAGUAUUUUCAUAUUUAGGCCAAGGCCUAGCCUUCGCGACUGCUAAAUCAAAAAAUAUGUGUUUUAUACUAUUGCUGACGUGAAAAAAGAUUGGAUAUUGAUCUCAACAAAAUAUAAAAAUUUCGACCAUUGUGAACAAUGGCAUUAAUCGCUCAAUUUCCCGUAUAGGGCCCGGAACGCUAAUCUGCUGGCGGCAACAUACAUGUUUUAUAAAUGACAUUAUGCAAACUGAAUGACUUUUCUAUAAUGGGAUACCGCGACUGCUGACAUACGGGUAGAAUAGAAACGGUCUUGAGACUGACCGUUCAAGAAGUCUCAUUCAAACAUUGUUGGGGCCAAGACCGAUCCCUGGGGAGCACCCGCGCUGAUGUUGUGGGACGAAGAGGAGAAACUGAAAAUUAUUACGGAUAUCUUGCAGCGGGAGAGGAAGUCAUCACCCAUCUGCAAAGCUUCCCUGCUGAUGGAAAGCUUGUUUGAUGUCAAGAGCACCGUCAUAAGACCUGAUGAGAUUUCUCUAUAGUUGUGUGGGGUUUCUCUUUGAUCGCUGGUAUCGGAAACGAUAGUGCCUGUCGUUAAUCAAGCCGUGAUGUUCGGAGUACUCUAGAUGCUCCGUAUUGAUGCCAGUUUCCAUCACCUUGCUGAUAACAGAAAGCAGAGCUUUACUUCUUUAGUUGUAAGGGUCCGCCUUAGACCGUUUACCGACAUUACCCUACGCCUGAUUUUUUUGCAUCGCGCUGGGAACAGUUUCGUUAUAUUUGUUUCUAGACUCGAAAUCGGCUUGUAUCUUCUCUAUAGUGGAGUUUUCCAAGAAGCUUUGGUGUGCCUCUCUUCUUUUCUGUCGACAAGCAGUGUCAACGAUCUGUUGAACCAGCCGUUAGACCUUGAUUUUGGCACUUUCACUAUAUAGGGGAUGUAUUCAUCCAUCUCUACGUGAAAAACUUCCGCUAUUGAAGAACAGACAGCUGACGCAGCCAAAACAGCAAAACGAUAGUCUCUCCAAGGACAACCGGAGGGAAAGUCUUUGAGCUCUUCCCAUUCAGCAUGCCCGCAAUGCUAAUUUUGCGUGCUGGACGUAAUGAAAAAAGAAGUUAUUUAUAUAACCUGUAAGUUGUCCCCUAGCUGAUAAGCUUUUAGGGCCCUACGCGAAAAAUUACACAAUUUAGUUUAGUAUUACGAGGGAUGUCUUUUAAGUUUUGCAUAUGGAAAUAAAACAACAAGGUAGGUAGUUUUAAAGGACUAUAUUGUUUUUCGAAGUAUUCUUCACGAAGAUCUAUACACAUCUGCAAGCGCUCGAACCAAUUUUCCAAGCACUUAUUCCACUCGUUUGCUGGCAGAUCCCAAACGGCAUUUUUGAAUGCGUCAACUGCUUCUUCUUCUGGUGAAUGGAACCUUUGACCACGCAUCCUGUUUUUAAUUUUCGGAAAAGUAAAGAAAUCGUUAGGACUUAGAUCGGGACUAUAUGGAGGAUGGUUCCAUAAUUUCACGUUUUCUUCCGUUAAAUACUGCCUUGUUUUUUGAGCUGUGUGCGAGCUUGCAGUGUCUUGGUGUAGGAUGAUUCUUCUUUCGGGGUUGAUUUUUCGAAGCUCGGUGAUGACUUUUGACAAACCAAUGGUGGUAUACCAAUCCGCAGUAACAGUUCUUUGCUCAUUAAGAGGAAUUGUUGCAAUAUGACCCGUUUUUGACACAAAUGUCGCGACCAUCUUUUUCGAAAUACUUCGAGAACGGAUGACUUUUGUUGACUUUUCUUCACCUUGGAACACCGAAACAGCCGACUGUCGUUUAUUUUCUGGUUCAUAACAGUAAAUCCACGAUUCAUCACUACUAACAAUGCUGCACACAUUUUUUGAGUUUCCGGAAUUGAAACGGUCAAGCGUUUUUUGACACCAAUUAACCCUGGCCGCUUUCUGCUCUUCAGUCAACAGGUGGGGUAUCCAACGAGAAACCAAUUUUCUUACUCCUAAUUCUUCUUUGAGAUCUUCAAGGACGCCUCAAUCGCGCGAUAUGUCACAUGUCUAUCUUCAAUGAUGAGUUUGCGCACAGCAUCGACGUUUUCCUGGGUGACUGCCGUUUUUGGUGCACCCACCCUGGGAUCGUCGCUAAGACUCACCCGUCCACGUUUGAAUUCUCCAUAACAACGGGAAAUUGUCGACUCAUGUGGCGCUUCGUUGCCAAAAACAGAUAGUAACUCAGCAAGGCAUUCUUGUUGCGAUAAUUGUCUCUGAAAGUUGUAAUAAAUUAUGGCGCGAAAAUGUUCUCGGUUGAGUUCCAUUUUUCUAAUGACUUGGUGACACUUAAAAAUUCACUGUAGUGAUAAAACUGCACGUAUUGUUGUGAAACUUUGAAUUUAAGUUUACUAAAGAGUGAGGUUAAGAUUCAGUACUGACGUUCGAUCCGCGCGGCCUACUAUGUUUCUAUAUGCAAAACUUAAAAGACAUCCCUCGUAUAAGAAUAUUAUCAGUUGUAUCAUUUAUUUACCUCAAAUAUCUUGCAACCUCCGCCUAAAACAGAAUAUUUGUCAUUUCAAUACUCGCCUAAAGAGCCAUAUUUAUAAAUUAUGCUAAUAAUAUUUGUUUUUUCCGAUCCAUGCUACCGGUCCUGAGUGAAUAAUGGGUAAGAUUGAAUAUUCAGGAAUGAAAAUGUGGUUUGAUUCACAAGUUUUUUGUCAGUUGAAGCAUGACGCAUACCUGCAUGUUAAGAUCUUGAUUUUGUGUUAAUUUUUUUUGCUUUGUUUACUGAAAUUUAGUUAAUGUUUUUGGUAGUUCGGCUUUUUUUGAAAUGAUGAGCACAGUUUUCUUUUUAUUUGAGAUGUUGACGAAUCAAGAUUGUUCUUAUGAUACAACAAAUUUUUACAACCGUUUCGUGUCGAGCGUUUAUUAAUUUUUAAUACUUGUUAUUCACGCUCUGAUUUGUAAGUUGAGUUGUUUUUUACAGGUCAUACAUAACAAAUCCGGUGACUGACAAAAAUUUUUCGAUUUUAUAAACACCAUAAAGGAUUUAAAAUAACUUUAAGUCACGUAGCUGUAUGAAUUGAUAUUUGAAAUAAUCUUAACACUCAAUUGUAAGCUAAGCACAAUUUUUUUAAGCUUAAUAAAUCACCAGAGAUUCUGUGUUAAUAUGAAUAAAGUCAUUUGUUUGUUUUAUAUUUUGAUGUUAUUUUUUUAAAGCCCAUUUUUAUGAAUGAAUGUUAUUGUAUUUGUUUAGGUUGAUUUUACUAGGAGAUGUCUAAACUUUUUAUUAUAUAUUAAUAAAAAUGUAUUUCCAUAA